UUUACCUCCACUGCCUACCACUACUUGCUUAGAGGCGAGAAUAGUUUUGUCAAAAGUUGCGUGGAUUUGAGAUGCUCUUGGGUGGUCUAUGAAGUGAGGAUCUAAACAGUUGCAGAUAAAGUUUUUUUUGCUUAAGCUCGAUUCAACAAACAAAAUUCAUCCAUUUUUUUAUAUUAUCGACGUUGAAUUUGCCGGUCUUACUGCGCAGGAUAAAAAGGAUUUAGGAUCGUGGAUUAUUUCAAUAAGUAUAUGACUAUUGUGCGUUAGUGACAAUUUACCGUGUUUAUAUGGAUGUGACUCUAAGGCAGGAUCGAAGUUUGAGUUGUUCUCAUCGCAGCGCAGCUACAUGUUGACAGGCAAUAAUCGUUUUUACGUGCCGUCAAUUGUUUUGAAGAGGCCCAUUCACCGAAUAAGCAAUGAGCUUUGCGUUCAAGUCGAUCCUGUCAAUAUUAAUUUUAGUCGAAACUCCUAUAAGUGCGCUUUUAAGCGACGUGAAAAAUGCUCCAGAAUUGGAAUCCAUAAAUGGAACUAAUUAUUUUAGGGUAUACAGUAAGAUCUCUGAUGAUAAGCCCUGGUUUGAUGGAAGAAGUGAUGUCCGACACAUACACUGCGUGCGUCCGGCCACAUGCGAAAAAUUAACACUGGAUGAUUGCUUGGGUUCUAAAAUACCUUAUACACAUACCAGUCUAAAUUUAACACAUAGAAUCACCCAAAACGAAAUCAAAAAUGACUUAAUUCGAUUUGAAGCUCUAAAAUAUGUUCCUCGAUGUUGGGCUGUAGUGCAACCUUUUAUUUGCGCUGUUUAUGUACCCAAAUGCGAAAAAAUAAAAAACAAAGAUAUGGUAUACUUACCUUCUUUGGAGAUGUGUAAGAUAACAUUAGAGCCUUGCCGCUUAUUGUAUAAUGAGAGUUUUUUUCCGGAUUUUUUACGUUGCAACGAAACGCAGUUUCCACCAAAGUGUAAUAACGAUGUUCGUGAGAUGAAAUUUAAUGGGACAGGAGAAUGCAUUCGACCAUUAGUGUCUGCCGAAUCAAGUUCGAGCUAUUACCCCGGAAUUGAGGGCUGUGGAGUCCAAUGUGAGGACCCAUUGUACACGGAUGACGAACAUCGGCAAAUACAUAAACUAAUAGCGUGGGGUGCAAGUUUGUGCUUAGCAUCAAAUCUCUUCGUGGUAGCUACAUUUUUUAUAGACUGGGAAAACGCGAAUAAGUAUCCUGCUGUAAUCGUAUUUUAUCUUAAUUUUUGCUUUCUAAUAUCAUGUCUAGGAUGGAUUGCGCAGUUCACUCCAGGGAGCCGAGAAGAUAUCGUAUGCCGGAAAGAUGGAACUCUUCGUCAUUCCGAACCCAGCGCAGGGGAAAAUCUUUCUUGUAUUGUUGUAUUUGUACUGGUGUAUUACUUUUUAAUUGCAGCUAUGGUUUGGUUUGUAUUUUUGACGUAUGCAUGGAAUUUGCAAGCAUAUGGCAAAGAUCGCGUAUACAAAAAAGGUUCGUAUUUUCAUUUAGUAGCAUGGUCAUUACCGCUAGUUCUUACAAUUGCCACUAUGGCUUUGAGCGAAGUUGAUGGAAAUAGCAUCGUUGGAGUUUGUUUUGUUGGCUACACAAACCAUGCAGUUAGAACUAUUUUGCUACUUGGACCUUUAUGCAGCGUAAUGUUGAUUAGUGGCUGCUUCAUUAUAUUGGGCACAGUGAAACUAUUUGGAAGGAAGAUUUAUUUGACCAACAUUAAAUCGACAUCCGCCAGCAACAAAAUUCACUUAAUAAUUGUUCGAAUGGGCUUAUGUGCAGUACUUACUUUUGUGUUUAUUUUUGUGAGUAUAACGUGUCACUUAAAUGAAUUCCGUAACUCAGCUGAAUGGGCGGAAAGCUUGAAGAAAUACAUUAUAUGUAAAAUUAAACGAGAUGAACUUUGCAAAAUUGAAAAUAGACCAAGUAUCGCAAUGCUGCAACUACAUUUGUUGUGUUUAUUUGGAUCGGGAGUUGUUAUGUCAUCUUGGUGUUGGACUCCAGCCUCAAUCGAAACUUGGAAAAGAUAUAUAAAAAAGAAAUUCGGCCGUGAAAUAGUCGAAGAGAUUAAGAUGCAAAAGCACAAAGUCAUCGCUCAAACUUGGGCCAAAAGGAAAGAAUUCGAUGAUAGAGGAAGACUUUCUAUAACUAUUCAUAACAGUUACACUGAUCCAGUCGGCUUGAAUUUCGAUAUCAAUGAUCUAAAUUCAUCAGCUACCAAUGAAAUUAGCUCUACAUGGGCAAAUUAUUUACCGCAAUUCGUGAAAAGAAGGUUUGCCUUAACGGGAGCUGUCACAAAUUCAUCAAGCCAAGGACCACGAAAAAGUUCAUUAGAUUCAGAAUUUAGUUUUAGCGUACGCCACGUUUCAGUUGAAUCAAGACGAAAUUCAGUGGAUUCUCAGGUAUCUGUAAAGAUAGCUGAGAUGAAAACGAAAGUUGCGAGCAGAACACGAUCAAACCGUCAUCAUGGCAAGCAUUCAAGAGUGAGAAAUCGUAGGCGCGAUCUCUUCACACCAGGGCGAAAAUCGAGCAAUCGUCGUGAAAGCAGCACAUCCGUAGAAAGUCAAGUUAUAGCUUUGAAAAAAACAUCAUUUCCAGGGAACAAGCAUAAAUUAGGUAUAUUUACACACACUAAGUCUGCGACGAAAAAUUUAAAACGUCGCAGUGCCAACGCUGGACUCGAACCAGAAGAUAUAACUGACUUUAUUUCCAAAAACGGCAAGAUAUUAUUUCCUUUUUUACAAAAUCAAGGUUUAACUACAACGUCUGAUGAGGAAGGUUCUCGAACGUCAUUUAAAAUCCACGAUUCACGUUUGGAUGUUGUUCUAAGACAACAUGAAGAUACCGAUAAUCAAAAUUCUAAUCCCAAAUUAGGAGAAUGUAGUGAUGAUGAAUCGUUGAGAAAGCAAUGCAAACUAGAUGAUAUUUUGAAACAUAUACAAACGUCUUCCUCUUUUGAUAAUUUUUUAAAUCAUGACAGUAAAGUCAAUCAUGAUUCCGUUGGUAGUCGGAACAGCAAGAGUAGCUUGAAAAGCCGUGUGAGCCGUAAAUCAGUCCGCCAUAGCAUUCGGCGUAUUAACAGAAGAAAUGCACCAAAUAAACGCCAAAAGAAAAAUACUAGCGCGAAUAUACCCGAUAUAAAUGACUCUUUUACAUCUUAUUCCUCUGAAUUUGAUGAUGCACUUGGAGUUCAAAGCUCCUAUUCGGCGAUGUCAGUAGGGAAAACACAAUCUCGUAACAGUAAAACGAGCUGUGAUGUUGGCAUUCAAGCUAAUGCAUAUGAAAUUGCAACGCAAACAAUGUCCUUAUAUCGAUGUGACACGAUAGGUGAUGGGAAUAACAUAGGGAACAUUAAAUUAGUGAACAGCAGUAUUUAUAAAGAUGAAGAAAAAAGUUAUGGCUUGAAAAAUAUAAACAAUGAUAGCCAAGAGGAAAGCCAAACAGAGAGGCAUCAACUACUGCCAUUGAAAUCCAAAGCAAACAUAAUUAAUGCAGGUGAAUCUGAAAAACUUAAACUGCAAAUGCUGCUGUUACCCUCUAAAUGAAUGAUCAUCCCCCUAAUUUUGUGUGUAAGAAUAUUUACUUACAUUAAAAUUUCCAGCAAAUUAUAUGCAAUAUUUGUGAAUUUGGUCUGCAGAUAUUCGAUUUCACAAGACAUAAUUUACCUUAGUUUGCCGUGUUAUAUUCGGAAUCUUUGUUCUCGUUUAUGAAAGCGUGUCUAGUUUGACUUUUGUACUUUGUUGAUAGAAUUCUUCCAUUUGUUCUGAGGAUUUCCUCGCCUUGAUUAAAUCCAUAAUUUUUUUGUGAUCGACUGGUUUACUAUAAUUUGCAAUUUAACACAAUUUGUUUGUAUUUAAUUGUGCAUAAACGGUUUUGAGUGUGCUGAUUCAUAUAACAUCUAUAGGGCCUACAAAUAAGUUCUGUCGGUUUUUUGUUAAAUUUGAAGCUUUAUUGUGAAAAAUUGGUUAUACAUUCAUUGUUCAAAGUAUUGCCCAUCGCUAGCCACAACUUUCUUCCAUCUUU